CGAUCGUCCCUUUGUCUACUAUCCCUUAGAAUCCACAAGCAAGCCAUGUCCUCGAAAGCAGCAACACCGGAACUCAAGAAAUACAUGGACAAGCGUGUGUUUGUGCAAUUGAACGGUGCCAGGAAAGUGACGGGCGUUCUCCGAGGCUUCGAUCCCUUUAUGAACCUGGUUCUAGACGAGGCCGUUGAGGAGACCAACCCAACGGACAAGACAUCGAUCGGCAUGGUUGUUCUUCGUGGAAAUAGCGUACUAGUUCUGGAGGCGUUAGACAGGAUCAGCAAUUAGCACAUUUUCAACUUCAGGAAGUGAACAAAGAAGAUUGAAGGACAAAAGACAAAAAAACCCCCCCCCACCUCGACCGAUCCAUGCGGAAUACAUUUGAAGAGAUAUAGGAAUUCAUUGCAAUGUUGGAAACAAUAGCUGCGGCUAGUCUUGCGAUCUACAUCUUUCUCUCUCUCCCCCCCGCUUCUUUCAUCUGACCACAGGACAACAGUAUUCUUUUUGUUUUAUUGAGCUCCCAUGAUGCAGCGAGGAAUAAAAAGUUGCUGCCAUGCAGGCAAGCGACGACGCCGUAGGCUUAGACGGACAAUUAAAAAAA